UGGAUAGAGGCGCGGAUUGGCUGACUGGGGCGCAGCUUGAUGGCGUCGGGCUGGCUAGUCGCGGUCCCCGCGGUGUCCCCCGGGCGAAGGCCGCCUUUGUGAAAGGGCCUGUAGCCCGAGCUUGCUGCGGUCACAGGGAGUGGAAAGUGGAGGCACGAGCCUUCCCUUCACCAUGAGUUUCCUGAUUGACUCCAGCAUCAUGAUUACCUCUCAGAUACUUUUCUUUGGAUUUGGGUGGCUUUUCUUCAUGCGCCAACUGUUUAAGGACUACGAGGUUCGUCAGUAUGUGGUACAGGUGAUCUUCUCUGUGACUUUUGCAUUCUCUUGUACCAUGUUUGAGCUCAUCAUCUUUGAAAUCUUAAAAGUAUUGAACAGCAGUUCCCGUUAUUUUCACUGGAAAAUGAACCUGUGUGUAAUCCUUCUGAUCCUGGUUUUCAUGGUGCCUUUUUACAUUGGCUAUUUUAUUGUGAGCAACAUCCGACUAUUACAUAAACAGCGUCUGCUCUUCUCCUGUCUCCUGUGGCUGACCUUCAUGUACUUCUUCUGGAAACUGGGAGAUCCAUUUCCCAUUCUCAGCCCAAAACAUGGGAUUUUGUCCAUAGAACAGCUCAUCAGCCGGGUAGGUGUGAUUGGUGUGACUCUCAUGGCUCUUCUUUCUGGAUUUGGUGCUGUCAACUGCCCAUACACGUACAUGUCCUAUUUCCUCAGAAAUGUGACUGAUGCAGAUAUUCUAGCCCUGGAACGGCGACUGCUCCAAACCAUGGAUAUGAUCAUCAGCAAAAAGAAAAGGAUGGCAAUGACACGGAGAACUAUGUUCCAGAAGGGGGAGGUGCAUAACAAACCAUCGGGAUUCUGGGGAAUGAUAAAAAGUGUUACCACUUCAGCACCAGGAAGUGAAAAUCUUACUCUUAUUCAACAGGAAGUGGACGCUUUGGAAGAACUAAGCAGGCAGCUUUUUCUGGAAACAGCUGAUCUAUAUGCUACCAAGGUACAAGGCAAAGAAACAAAAGAGAGAAUAGAAUAUUCCAAAACUUUCAAAGGGAAAUACUUUAAUUUUCUGGGUUACUUUUUCUCUAUUUACUGUGUUUGGAAAAUUUUCAUGGCAACAAUUAAUAUUGUUUUUGACCGAGUUGGGAAAACUGAUCCUGUCACAAGAGGCAUCGAGAUCACUGUGAAUUAUCUGGGGAUCCAGUUUGAUGUGAAGUUCUGGUCUCAGCACAUUUCCUUCAUUCUGGUUGGAAUAAUCAUCGUCACAUCUAUCAGAGGUUUACUGAUCACUCUUACCAAGUUCUUUUAUGCCAUCUCUAGCAGUAAGUCCUCCAACGUCAUUGUCCUGCUAUUAGCACAGAUAAUGGGGAUGUACUUUGUCUCCUCCGUGCUACUGAUCCGAAUGAGCAUGCCUCUGGAAUACCGCACCAUAAUCACCGAAGUCCUCGGAGAGCUGCAGUUCAACUUCUAUCACCGUUGGUUUGAUGUGAUCUUCCUGGUCAGUGCUCUCUCCAGCAUACUGUUCCUCUAUUUGGCUCACAAACAGGCACCAGAGAAGCAUAUGGCACCUUGAACUCAUGCCUAUUACAGACUGCUACAGGCCAGUGGUGUCAGAAUUUGGAUAUAAGAGAAAAAAUGGAGGGGACCAGGGCCUAAUGUUUCUUAAACAAACUGCUGAGGUAGCAUAUUCUACUUCAGCUUAUGCCUUCCUCCUCUGUGGAUACUGUGAUCAUGAGUAGCAUUAGCAAGAACAUGAGAGCCUGAAGUAAACCAGCUAGCACUCAGCUGAGAGCAUCCCACAUAGGUCUGAGGCUGGUGCAACACAGGGAGGAAGGGGGUGGAAAAGAGCCAAGAAACUAGGUGGGGGGAAUACACUGGAACUCUGGGAUAAGGGGAAGUCUCAGGUAGCUGGGCCAAACACCCAGAAUAACUGUUCAAGGCUCUCAGGGAGGAGGCUCCCAGAAUUUCUGUUCAAGACUCACAUGGCUUUCCCUUGAGAUUGACUAUCAUUAAAAUCAGAUUGUAACCCUU